UUGGAUGCAGAUUUGAAGGGAUAAAUUGAAAGAAAAAAAUACAGUAUCUGAGCCCUUUUAUUGUUUGGAAGCAUUCAAGAUAUUACUAUACAAUGGAGAAAAGGUGUGUGGGAAAACUGGAAAAGAUCCUGACAAAUCCUUAUGAUUUUUAUUUGUUUUAACUUGGCUCCUUCCUUACUUUAAAGGAUGCCCCUUUGGUCCUCUCUUUCCUCACCAAAGCUCUCUCCUUUCUUUCCCAUCUCACAAGAGAGUUCAAAGCCAUGGCCAUAACCCAAGCUUCAUUCAACAAUGAUGCAGAUGAAGAGUACAUAGACAUGGAGGUAAGUUCAUCUUCCUCCUCCUCCAAGUUCUUGUGUUGCUCCAUAAGCUCCCCACCUCAAAGCAGAGAGUUUGAGUUCCAAAUGUGUGGUGUUGAUUGCAAUGGAGAUAUUAUCUCAACAACUUCACCUGCUGAUGAGCUUUUCUACAAGGGGAAACUCCUCCCUCUCCACCUCCCACCUCGGUUGCAAAUGGUUCAGAAACUCCUUCAAAGUUCAGAAACUCAUGCAAUUGGUUCAACAAAUGGGAGUGUUCCAUUGGAAUCAUGUAGAUUGAGCAGUGAACUCAACCCAGAAGACUAUUUCUUUGAAUGGUCAACUGAAAUGAAUGGCUUUAGAGGCAAUGAUUCAAACAAGUCCUGGUCUAAUAAGAUGAAGAAGAUGAAACAAUCUUUGAUAACACAGAAGCUCAAGGCAUCAAGAGAGUAUCUCAAGUCUUUGUUUACCAAAUCUGGUUGUUCAGAUGAAUCUUGUGCCAAAGCUGCAACAGAAAAUGGUUUAGACACCAACAGAAAGUACAUGAAAAUGGCAAAGAAGAACCUAUUAGCUGAGGAUGUUGCAGAUAGCCACAGGAGGUCUUUUUCUGGUGUAAUUCAGAGGCAUUCUGCAACAAAGUCUUCAUCUUCAUCAACAUCUUCUUCUUCUUCAACAUCUUUUUCAUUCAGUUCAAGUGGAGUCUGUGAUCUGCAGUUGCUGAAAAGAAGCAACAGUGCCAAUUCAGAGAUUGAAGGUUCAAUUGAAGGAGCCAUUGCUCACUGUAAACAGUCUCAGAAACUUGGGGUUUGCCCAAAGAUAUCUGUUUGUGGGGACCAAGAAAGAUCAGAACUUUGCAGCAUUUGAGCUGCAAAUCCAACAUGAGAAAAUCCUGUUCCUGUUACAUUCUUCAAAGUGAGUGCCGUUUCAAUGGAGUGUGGUAUUUAGAAACAUGUUUGAAAACCCGUCAUUUGUUCAAGUAAUAAAAUGAAAAACAAAAAUGGUUUUGGAGAAUCUUCCAUGGAAGUUCUUUAUUCAAAUUUCAAAAAUAAAAUAAUCC